AUGCAUUACGAGGCAGCUCUCCUCUUGACGAUGGCUCAAGUGGCAUCUGCCCAGCUGGCUGGGAUUGGGCUCAAUGUGGGCCUCGGUGGAGGCAACAUAGGUCUUACUGGAGGCGUCGCAAUUGGCGGUGGAGGCCGCGCAGUACAGCCGGUCAUUGUUUCAAGCAACGGUUUUGACAAUGGAGCGCUUCGUGGCGCAAGUGUUGUCCUUACCGGUCCUGAAGUGCGACGUCUGGAGAGAGAGCAAGAACGUUUCGCUGUCCGUCAAUUGAGAGAAGCGGAACGCCAGCAAAGGCAGGUCCAAGCUGCGCUCCUCUCUCCUGGCGCAAGAGUGGUGCCAGUCGGCAAUGCAUUUGGCCGAAUCUAG